AUGUCAUCCGAAACACCACACGAAACUGGACUAAACAAUGAGACUGGUAAAAUUCCACCAAUCAUCACAAGACAAUCCAGCUCCCUAGGCAAAAUCACCACCGAAACCAUCAUCACUCCAAGAACAAACAAUCAAAAACAAGAAGAGGAAGCUUUCCAAGUAAAAUUAGCUUCUCCACCAGCAAAUGAAGACGAAUCUCCAAAAAGGAAUCAAGAUUUCAUUCCCCUCCAUUCUUCCUCCUCCUCCAAUACAACCCAUCAACAUCCAACAACAUCAAAAUCUCCAAAUUCCAACAAUAACUCAUCAUCAAACAUCUUUGCACAAAUGUUUGCUGGUUCUGGUUCUGCUAAUGGUAAUGGUUCUGGAAGGAAAACCUCUCCUCCAACAACCAAUCAAUCAACACCACCCAAUUCCAAAUCAUUGUCAUCAUCAUCUUCAUGUUUUGAUACACUCAAUGUUGAGUCAAUUACUCCAUCUUCAUUGAAUUUUGCUGCUAAUAAGAGAAGAUCUGGUAAUUUUAGUGCAUUUACUGGUGAUAUGGUGUUUGGUGAGGAGGUUCAUGAGGAGAAGACAACUCCAAAAGUUACUUCUCCAACGUUGGAUUCGAAUAAUUUUCUUGAUAUGCUUUCACCUAGAGUUUCUGUUAGUUCAAAGAGAAUGUCAGGAAUUCAAAAAUUGAUGGGUGGUAUGUUCGGAAAGAAAGAUGCCACUCCUCCAAAGCAAAUUAGUAAAGAAGAAGAGGAAGACAAUUUAAUCAAAGAAAAUCACUUGAACAAACAAGAACAAUUGACAUUGAAAGCUAUCAAUGCAAGUCCCUCUUUGAUUAUCAAAAAGUUUACAGAGAGAAAUUUUGAUUUGUUGCAGUUAAAGACAAUUUCUGAAGUGUUGACAAUUUGUUCAACUCUUUCAGCUGAAGAAGAUCAAAGUUUACUGGAAAUUUCAACAACUUCUGAAGAGGUCAAGUACUCAGUGUGGUUGAGAGGUUUCUUGAAUGAGGGAGGUCUCACUUCAUUGGCAGAUUGUUUGGCAUCGACUGCAUUGUCAACUUCUGCAGAUGAAGAGAAGGAAACAAAGGAAGUUUACUGUUUAAAGUGUAUUGAAACAAUUUUGAAUACUUCCGAUUAUGCUAGAGGUUGUUUCUUUAAGAACAAGGAUAUUUUGAGAACUUUGGUUCUUACUUUGGAUUCCAAUUCAUUGGAAUUGAGAUCACAAAUUUUGCUUUUGCUUUCUGUGAUUAUGAAUUUGAAUGUUGAGAAUAUGGAUGGUUUCGAAUUGAUUCUUGACGCAUUGACAAGCUUUAAAUUGAUCAAGAGAGAACCAAAACGUUUCCAUUUCUUGAUUGAUAGUUUAAACUUUUUGGCUGGUGAAAAUUUGGAAGUUGAUGACAUGUUUAAUGGAGCAAUUGCUUCCUAUGUCUUGACAACCAUGAUCUUUUUCAAUUCAUUGAUCUCUGUUUCUCCAAAUGAAGGUGUUAGAAUCUCAUUGAUGCGUGAAUGGAAGAAUUUGGGACUUCACAUGGCUGUAAAGUACAUUUACUUGAAGUAUGAGGUAUUGGCUGAGGAGCAAAAUAUUGAUAAGGACGAUGAGGAAUCUCCACUCUCGAAUAUUUUCUUACAAAUCAAGGCAUUCGAAAGUGUUUUCAAUUCAUUUGCUGAAGAACACGAUGAGGAAUCUUCCUCCAUCAAGGAUUUGGAUGAAAUUGAUCUUAGUAGCCCUAUUGAUAUUGCCAGAUCAAUUUCAAAUUACUUGAUUACCUUGAAUAAGGAUGAUGAAGCUAGCUCUUCAAGCUCUGCUCACAACAGCUUUGUAAAUAUUUUGAAUUCCAUGUUGAAAUUGACCAAAUUUGGAAUUAUCAGCAAGUCUAAAGGUAUAGAAAUUGAAGAAAUUAACAAAUCAUGGGCAACUGUUGAAAACCUUUUGAAAGUAGCCAUCAAAGAAGAUAAGGUCAAAUUCACAACAGAAAAGGAAAUUGAACUCGAUGGUUUGGUCAAGACUCAACAACGUACAAUUUUGGACUUGGAAAAUGAAAUUAUGAACAUGAAGAAGGAGCUCUUCCAACAAAAGCAAGAGCUCGAGAAGAGAGAUGCUGAGGAACGUUCAAAGAAACGUAAACAAACUCUUUCAUCAUUCAUGAAUGCUGUGACUAAUCUUUCCAAAGAAGAAACUCUCAAACUUGAAUUGACCAAAUCUAAGGAAGAAAAUUUGACCUUGACCGAUAAGUUGAAGGAAGCUGAAGCUGAAAAGGAAAAACUUGAAGUUCAAAUCAAGGAAAUUCGUGUCAUCAACCAGAGAGCUAUGCAAUUGGAAGAAUUCAUGAAGGUCAAUAAUUUGAAAUUACCAAGUGAGACAGGUGCUACUGGUGGUGUUCCUCCUCCACCUGGUUCAACUGGAUUUGUUCCUCCUCCACCUGGUGGUUUGCCAAGUGGAUCUGGUGUUCCUCCUCCACCUGGAUCUGGUAUUCCAAUGCCACCAGGAAUGGGCGUUCCACCACCUCCUGGUUCAGGCAUUCCAAUGCCUCCUGGUAUGGGAAUUCCUCCUCCACCUGGUUCAGGUAUUCCAAUGCCACCAGGAAUGGGUGUUCCUCCUCCACCUGGUGGUUUACCUGGAAUUCCAAUGCCUCCAGGUUCAGGUGUUCCAAUGCCUCCAGGUAUGGGAAUGCCACCUCCACCUGGAAUGGGUGGUUUACCUGGAAUGCCUCCUCCACCUGGAAUGGGAAUGCUUCCUGGUGUCAAGAAACCAGUUCUUCCAACAUUACCAAAUGCUAAACCAAGAAGAAAGACCAAGGUUUUCUUCUUUGACACAAUUCCACAAACCAACAUUCAACAAACAAUCUUUAUCAAGAAUGGAAUUGCUGAAAAGACAAAUGAAUGGAUUAAGAAGAUUGAUUUGGGAACUAUUGAGGAAGCUUUUGAAAAAGUUGAGGAAAAGGCAAUUGCCACCGAUCAACCAGCAAAGAAAAAGGUCGAAGAAAUCAUUUUAAUUGAUGGUAAACGUUCGAAUAACAUUUCCAUUCAAUUCUCUGCUCUUAAAAAGUUGGAUAAUUCAGAAACUGAUCAAAUGAAAUGUGCUCGUUACAGAAAUGCCAUCAUUGAAAUGGACGAAAAGACAGUCGAUGAUAAUAACAUUGAAGUUUUGAGUGGUUGCAUGCCACUCGAUGAGGAAAUUCCAGUUAUUCAGAAAUAUCUUGAUGAUACCAAGGAAGAGGAAGUUUCUGAGGAUCCAGAUGCACCAAAGAAGGUUAUUCCAAUGGCUGAAACAUUCUUCACCUUCUUAUUGGAUAUUCCAUCUCCAUUGACAAGAGUUCAAUCGUGGGACUUUAAACUCAAAUUGGGUUCCAGAAUUUCUGCCAUUAGACCAAAACUUGAUUCAAUGCUCAAUGGUUGUAAGGAAUUGCAAGCAUCCACCAAAUUGCAUGAUAUUUUGGCUCUCAUUUUGACAAUUGGUAACUAUAUCAAUCAACAUGCUCCAAACAAAAAGUUGCAAAACAUUUAUGGUUUCAAGAUUAGUUCUCUCGAAAAGAUGCAAACUAUGAAAGCUAGAGAUCCAAAGCAGAGUAUGCUUCAAUACUUGGCUCAAGUGUGUCAAGAUAAUUUCCCUGAAUUGUUGACAGUUUCAAAUGAUUUGUCAUCUGUACAAACAUGUACUCGUUUGCAACUUGCUCCAAUUGACCAAGAUAUCAAGAAACUCCAAGAAGAUACCAAAAAGACCAAGAACUUCUUUGAAAAGAUGAAGAAGGAAAAGAAUAUCCAUCCUAAAGAUAGAUUCCUCGAAGUUAUGGAAGAAACCAUCGGCACAGCUCAAAACCAAUUGGAAAUUAUUGAAAAAUCAAGAACAACUGUUGAGGAAAAUCUCAAACUCAUUGCAGCUCUCUUCGACGAAAAGCCACAAGAUUUACUUGACAAACCUGAUACAUUCUUUACUCAAAUUCACAACUUUGUCGAGAGUUUGAAUAAGGCCUGUGAAGAUUUGAAAGCCAAGAGAGAAAAGGAAGAAAAGGAAAAACAAAAGAAACUUCAAGAAGAAACCAAAAAGAAGAAUGAGAAACAACUUGGAUUUGAUAAGAAGAAGGAAUUAUUAAUGCAAAGAAAGAAGGCAGCUUCAUCAACUACUGCAACUUCUUUGCUUACUAAACCAUCUAUCAAUGCCACUCCUCAAUCCCCAUCAUUUGAUCUGUCAAGUUUGAAAUCAAAGACCUCGCUCUUGUCAUCACUCACUCCAACAUCUGCCAAAACUCCAACUGGUGAUGAGGAAAACAAACUCUUGUCAGUGCUUGGAAAACAGCAAGAAGAAAGAAAGAAGAAUGCAAACAAUUUCUUUGCUGGAUUAAUGAAUCUUGCUAAGAAGGAAGAAGAAACUAAGAAGAAACCAAAUAAUCUUAUGGGCUUACUUGCAAAGGGACUUACUAAUGGUCAAUUGUUGAAAUCUAGAACUGAAACUAAAAAUCUAAUGGAUUCACUCAAAUAAAUAAUCUAAAUUUA